AUGCUGCCGCCGGGGCGCAACGGCACCGCGUACCGGACACGGGCCCGACAACAGCAGCUGGUGCAGGGGGGCGCCGUGGGGGGCUCGGAGGGGGUGGCGCCGCUGGGGCCGGCGCAGGUGGUCACCGCCGGCCUCCUGACCCUGCUCAUCGUCUGGACCCUGCUGGGCAACGUGCUGGUGUGCGCCGCCAUCGUGCACAGCCGCCACCUGCGCGCCAAGAUGACCAGUGUCUUCAUCGUGUCUCUGGCCGUGUCCGACCUCUUCGUGGCGUUGCUGGUCAUGCCCUGGAAGGCAGUCGCCGAGGUGUCCGGUUACUGGCCCUUUGGGGCCUUCUGCGACAUCUGGGUGGCCUUCGACAUCAUGUGCUCCACCGCCUCCAUCCUGAACCUGUGCAUCAUCAGCGUGGACCGCUACUGGGCCAUCUCCAGGCCCUUCUGCUACGAGCGCACGAUGACCCAGCGUGUGGCCUUGGUCAUGGUCGGCCUCGCGUGGACCUUGUCGGUCCUCAUCUCCUUCAUCCCAGUCCAGCUCCACUGGCACAGGGACAAGGUAGGCUCCUGGGGUGGGGUGGACCCGCUGCCCCACCUGGCCAACGGGACGCCCUGGGAGGAAGCCGGGGAGCCAGACGUGAGGGAGGAAAACUGUGACUCCAGCCUGAACCGAACUUACGCCAUCUCCUCCUCGCUCAUCAGCUUCUACAUCCCGGUGGCCAUCAUGGUCGUGACCUACACGCGCAUCUACCGCAUCGCCCAGGGGCAAAUCCGCAGGAUCUCCUCCCUGGAGAGGGCGGCGGAGCACGCGCAGAGCUGCCGGAGGAGCCGGGAGGCCUGCGGCCCAGACACCGGCCUGCGGGCAUCCAUCAAGAAGGAGACCAAAGUCCUGAAAACCCUGUCGGUGGUCAUGGGGGUCUUUGUGUGCUGCUGGCUGCCCUUCUUCAUCCUUAACUGCAUGGUCCCCUUCUGCGGCGGGCCCCCGGAGGACUUCCCCUGCGUCAGCGAGACCACCUUCGACGUCUUCGUCUGGUUCGGCUGGGCCAACUCCUCCCUCAACCCCAUCAUUUACGCCUUCAACGCCGACUUCCGGAAGGUGUUUGCCCAGCUGCUGGGGUGCGGCCACCUGUGCGCCCGCACCCAGGUGGAGACAGCGAACAUCAGUAACGAGCUCGUCUCCUGCCGUCAGGACACCGCUCUCCACAGGGAGAUCCCCGCUGCCUCCAUCCGCAGCAUCCCCAGCGCGGUGGCCCCGGGCGUCGCGGAGGUGGACAAGGAGGAGGAGGAGAGCCCUUUCCAGCGUGUGUCUCCGAUCGCUCAGGCAUCGCCAGAUGGUGACCCUGCUGCCCAGUCCAUCUGGGAGCUGGACUGCGAGGGGCAGAUUUCAUUGGGCAAAAUAACACCUUUCACUCCCAGUGGAUUCCAUUAA